CUUACUCACCCUAUGAACAAACAGCAGCCUGUAUCUAUUAUGACACCGACCUUGCAUCUCUGGCAGAAACCCAACUGUACUCAGCAGCUGCCAGCAUUGUGUCUACAUGGCUGUGGUUGUGUCUAUGUUGUAGGCAUACCUGGGAUUCUUGAGAUGCUCACCAGAACCCCAAGUGUUGUUGCCCAAGUGUUCCUUCUUCUAAGCAUAGUUCUUGUCAUUGCUAUUGCAGUGAUUCAGAUAAAUCAGCAACAGAUCCUCUCCCCAGGGCUUAAGUAUGGAAUAGUCCUUGAUGCUGGAUCCUCUCGGACUACAGUCUACAUCUACGAAUGGCCAGCAGAAAAAGAAAAUGACACGGGAGUAGUAAGCCAAACCUUCAAGUGCAAUGUGAAAGGCCCCGGUAUAUCCAGCUAUGAGAGUAACCCUGGAGCUCUUGCCAAACCCUUUGAUGACUGUCUGAGUAAAGUCAAGAAGAGAAUACCAGUUCAUCUGCAUAAAAACACUUCUGUUUAUCUGGGGGCUACAGCUGGCAUGAGACUACUGAGGUUGCAAAAUGAAACGGCAGCCAAUGAAGUCCUUGCAAGCAUUCAAAACUACUUCAGAGCACAACCUUUUGAAUUUAGGGGUGCGCAAAUCAUAACUGGGCCAGAGGAAGGGGUGUAUGGAUGGAUAACAGCCAACUAUUUAAUGGGCAAUUUCUUAGAGAGAAACCUUUGGAGGACAUGGGUCCGUCCUUACAGAAAAGAGACUAUGGGUGCCCUGGAUCUUGGAGGAGCUUCCACGCAAAUUUCAUUUAUCCCAGAGGACUCUGAGAAGAACUUCAAUAGCACCUUGCAAGUGAAGUUGUAUGGUUACAUCUACCAUGUCUACACCCACAGCUUCCAGUGCUAUGGGAGGGAUGAAGCUGAGAAAAGGCUUUUAGCAUUGCUGCUCCAGAAAUCAAAUACCAGUUCCAAUGUGGAUAAUCCAUGUUACCCUCAGAAUUAUAAUACUGCAUUCACAAUGAAGUACUUCUCUGGCAGCCUUUGUACACAGUCUCUGAGACCAGCAAAUUACUACCCAAAUCAGCUUGUGAACUUCCAUGGAACAGGAGACCCAGGUCUGUGCCAGGAGAUGAUGUCCUUAUUGUUUAACUUCAGUGCUUGCGAAGAUAGAGAAGACUGUCCAUUUAAUGGAAUACGUCAGCCAAAAGUUAAAGGGAAUUUUGUGGCUUUCUCAGGAUUCUACUAUACAAUUAAUGCUUUGAAUUUAUCUGGGCACUUUUCCCUAGCUGACUUCAAUUCAAGUAUGUGGUUUUUCUGUUCACAGAGCUGGGCACAGCUCCAGUUCAUGCUGCCUAAAUUUGAAGAAAUAUAUGCUAGAUCCUACUGUUUUUCAGCCAAUUUCAUUUAUUACUUGCUUGUACAUGGCUACAGCUUUGAUGCAGAAACUUGGCCACAGAUACAUUUUCAAAAGGAGGUUGGUAACAGCAGUAUAGCAUGGUCACUUGGUUACAUGUUAAGCCUCACGAACAUGAUUCCAGCAGAAGGCAAGCUGAUCCAAUUACCUCUGAAACCUUCUUUGUUUGCUGGGCUCCUUGUCUUCCUCACAGCUACGGCAUUGUUGUGUCUUCUCUUCCUUGUUUACUUGUGUAUUGUAUCACGUAAUCAGAAGAACACUAGUCGUGUUGAACAUGUAUUUAUUCCAGAAUGA